CAUUUAUUAUGCGUAUGGCAUAUUGGCAAUGACGUGAAGAACAUGGUCGACAAAUUGUGCGGCGGCAAGAGAAAUUAACAGGGACAAAUAUUCAGGCAAACAAAAUGGAACCCCUUAGUUAACAGUCUGACGAUCCCUGAAUUUGAAAACAGGUGGGAAGGGAUUGUGUCUACUUGGUCGACUUAGAACAAAAGGGUCGUGCGGUAUUUGGUUGGAACAUGGAUUCCUCACAAAGAGAAAUUUGUGUGUGCGUGGACGAUUGACUGUUUGCACUUGGGUAACCAGACUACCAGUAGAGUCGAAAGCCAACACUCGUCCUUCAAGUACUACCUGGGUAGCGGUAAUAGCUCAUUUGAUACCCUCUUUAAAAGAGCACACGCACAGAUAACGAAUCAGCAAUCGAGUAUAAGACAAGCUCUACAGGAAUCUAUAAAUUCGAUUUCAAGGAUGUUGCGCUUAAUUUUUUGAGAACGUUGUAUCGUUAUGUUUCCAUAUUUGCCUUGGAACAAUUAAUGAUGGAGAACAACCGGAUGUUAAACUUGGGGAUUUAUGUUUUUGACAAAUGCGGUUGUGUACUUCAAAGAACCCACGGAUUACCCUACGCAUGUUACUGUUACUUGUCAAUCAAGUCUCAUGGUUCGUUGUACUUGGACGAUAUACAUCCAUUUUGGAAAACGUUAAAGUACUUAGAGGCAGAAGAAGACGCCAACGAAGAAGUAAGGCAUGCAAACACCGAUGAUAACGAGUACUUUCAAUCGUUGGUGGAUGAAGUUUUAAAAGCCGACCCCGCAGUUGUACGACGCAUGUCUCAGGUACUUGAAUAUGAACUACACCUUGAUGAUACCGAUAUACCUGAGCCACAACCAAGUCCACCGAGGAAGGGAAGACCAACGACAAGCAGAACCCUCAGGAGAAACAAAAGUGCAUUCGAGUACAUUAGAUCAUCCUCAAGGGGUCACGAAUCCAGAUCUUCAUCACGCGGAAGAUCUAGUGGUAGAUCUAGCAACCGAUCAAACCAAUCGUUAGUUGGAAUUAACUUCAGUUUCAACUUAUCUGGUGACGAAAACUGUGGAUUUAGAGCUAUUGCCGUCACAAAGUUAGGGGGCGAGAAGGCAUGGCCUCUUUUACGACGUGCAAUGAGUUUGGAAAUGGAAAUGCAUAGAGAUCAAUAUGCACGCGUGUAUCUAUCAGCAGAGUUGGUGGAGAAUACUAUAUACAGAAUUGGUGCCCAUAGCCAAGGACCUGCCCCGUACAGUUACUGGAUGAAAAUGACAGCAUUGUAUUAUGCAAUAACAUUUCUCAACAUUGUAAUUGCGUAUUAUGGCUCUGCCGAUGGUAAGUAUAAUUGUUUAGUGCUUCCGGUAAGAAGAACAGGGGGAAUGCAUGGCGUUAAUAAACUUGUAUAUACUCUUUGGGUGAACGGAAAUCAUUAUGUUCAGCUUUUAAUGAACGAUGAUUCAUCUCCACUGCUGCCAGUCCAACAAAAUUGGAGAGCAGCAGCUAACAAUUCAUGAUUGGAGAGCAGCAGCUAACAAUUCAUGUAGAGAUUUAGAGAGACAGUAUCGCAACAGGAUAUCACUUUGGAAUAGACUGUGCGGCGUACAACGACCACAACAUAAUAGCACCGCCAAAGAUG